GCAGAUUCUGCUGUCAUACCCACGGGAUGCCAGCCAUUGAUCUUUUCUCUUGUGGUCAUCUUUCUCAAGAUUUUUUCUGUCUUCAUGAGGAAAAGUCAGAAGGGGAAAGGAUAGUGACCAAGUGUCUUAUAAAUUAUUCUCAGAUGGUGACUGCCUGAUGCUGGGAUGUUUGUGGUGAUUUAGGACCCAGUGACCUUUGACGAUGUGGCUGUGGAAUUCACCCAGGAAGAGUGGACUUUGCCGGAUCAAAUUCAGAGAAGGCCAUACAGAGAUGUGGUGCUGGAGAACUACAAGAAUCUAGCUUCAAUAGAUUGGGAGAUUUGUCUUAAUUCCAAAUGGUCAGCACCUCAGCAGAAUAUUUUGCAGGGGAAAACACCCAGUGUGGUAGAAAUGGUCUGCUUGCUCAGAACCUUGUCUGGUAAGGCGGGAGACAUACAAGAGGAAGAAUGGCUGCCAGAUUGCUGACAACCUGGUCACAGGAUUCCGUGACCUUUGAGGAAGUGGUGGUGGACUUCUCUCAGGAGGAGUGGGCACUGCUGGACCAUGCUCAGAAAAUCCUGUACAGAGAUGUGAUGCUGGAGAACUUUAGGAACCUAGCCUCUCUGGGGUAUCCUCUCUGCAAACACAGUCUGAUCACGGAGGUGGAGCAGGAAGCACUGGGUCCAGAGGAGGGGGGAAUUGUCCAAAGUGCCUGUACAGAUUGGAAUAUACAACUGAAAUCAAAAGAUGGAAUUCCUAUGCAGAAUGUUCCUGGGGAAAAAACUUGCAAUGGCAUAAAAACGGCACUAACUCAACCUGGUAAGAAACCCUUGGAAUUUGAUCAUUGUGGAAAAUUCUUCAGAAAGAACUAUCGCUUUACGUGUACAAGAUAUUGUGAGAGAGAGAAAUGCUACAAAUAUAAAGAAUAUGGGAAAGACCUUGGCCAUCCCUCAACUCUUAGCAGUCAUGUAAGUACUCACAGUGGAGAGAAAGCUCUUGAAUUUAAUGAUCAUGGCAAAUCUUUCAACCAAGAGGGAUCCCUUAGGAAACACUUAAGGACUCUCACAGGAGAGAAAUUUCACACGUGUAGUCAGUGUCUUAUGUCCUUCAGCUUACAUCCUUCCUUUUCAGUACAUGUGCAAAUACCUACUGGAGAGGAACUCUGUGAUUGCAGUGAUUAUGGAGAAAGAGCUUCCCAUAGUGUCCACAAAACAAUGUGUACCAUGGAGGAAAGCUCAGAAUGUAAUGAGCAUGGGAAGGUGUUCGCCAGCCCCUUGUCCCUUCAGAAAUGUGUGAGACCUCAUGCCGGAGAGAAGCCUUACGAAUGUAGUGACUGUGGGAAAGCCUUCAUUUUUCAGUCCUCCCUUAAAAAGCAUGUGAGAUCUCACACUGGAGAGAAACCUUAUGAGUGUAAUCACUGUGGAAAAUCCUUCAGCCAGAGCUCUCAUCUUAAUGUGCACAAAAGGACUCACACUGGAGAGAAACCCUAUGACUGUAAGGAAUGUGGCAAGGCUUUCACUGUUCCUUCAUCCCUUCAGAAGCAUAUGAGAACCCACACUGGAGAGAAGCCCUAUGAAUGCAGUGACUGUGGGAAAGCCUUCAUUGACCAGUCAUCCCUUAAGAAACAUACACGGUCUCACACUGGAGAGAAACCUUAUGAGUGUAGUCAGUGUGGAAAAUCCUUCAGCACAGGCUCUUACCUCAUUGUGCACAAGAGAACUCACACUGGAGAGAAAACCUAUGAGUGUAAAGAAUGUGGGAAGGCCUUUAGGAAUUCUUCCUGCUUAAGAGUACAUGUGAGAACUCACACAGGAGAGAAGCCCUAUCAGUGUGUUCAGUGUGGGAAGGCAUUCAGCACCAGCACUAAUCUUAUAAUGCACAAACGAAUACAUACUGGGCAGAAAGUAUGAAUGAAAUGACUAGAAGAAAGCCUUAACUAGGCCUUCACAACUCAUUCUUCAUUUUAGAACUCACACUGGAGAGCAGCCCUGUUGUGACUAAUAUAGAAAGCCUGCAGGCACAAUUUUUGACUUAUGCUACCCUGGGACCAAUCUUACAAAUGUUACCGUUCUGUGAUUGUCUUUUAUCAGUGAAUGUUUCAUCCUGAAAGUCUGUUAACCGAUGAGUAUUAAAAGUUAUAUGGCACUUAAUCUACAUCACAAAAGUUUUGAUAAAUAAUAUUUUUACCAUGAAUUUAGUACUAAAUGUUGUCCAAUCAUCAUCAAGAUGUCUUGGACCUAUAGGCUAUUUAGAAAUGUAUUUUUUAAUGUGCAGACUCUACAUAUUUUAGUUAUUUUUUAUAGAUUCCUAAUUUAAUUACAUUAUACACAAAUGUAUGUUCUUCAUGAUACAGAUUCUGUAUGACAUUAUUCAAACAGAAAAUUGUUGGAGACUUGAUUGUGGUCUCAGAUACAAGUAUCUUCGAUCCAUUCCUCCCUCCCUUUCCUAAAAGUAACAAAACUACAACUGUGUUUAAGUUGGCAGUGUGGACAAUUUUUUAAGGUCUCAACUUUCUUUGCCGCUGUGAAUGCCCAUGAGCCACUGGCUCUGUUCAGUGAGAAACAGGCAAAGGUGACUGCUUGUGGGCUCUAAAGAAGCCCAUGGCAAUGGGAGUGUCUUGUCUGGCAUUUUUGCUUCACCAUUUGCCCUGUGGUCUCAUCUCAUUUUCUCUCCUAGAAAACAGACCAAGAGGAUCAUAGUCAGAAGCUACUGAUUAUACAACAGGGACAUACAGUAUUAUUUGGUUGUACCAACUCUGUGUUGCUUAUUUCUGGGCUUCAUGUAACAAGAGAAAAAUAAACUCCUUAACUGAUGCAAACCACUCUGGAGGGAAGAUUCUGUUACAAGGGAUUUCAGUUAACUGAUAAUCUCUCAUAUGUGGUCAAGUUUUGUGAAUCCUUUAAGUAUGGUUGAAAACAAUGCCUGUUCUGUAAUUAUUUGGUAUAAUCAGUUCUCAUUGUGUCUGAUGGAUGAUCUUACUGUUCUUAAAAUUUGUAUCAUUACAAACCUUCUUUCAUUUGUCCUUUAUUGAAAGCGGUAUGUUAAGAUGUGUCACUAUUACUGUGGAUGGUCAGAUUGUUUUUUUUUUUUAAUUCUCAUUUGUUUUACCUUGAGUCACUAUAGCUAGAAGCAUAUAAAUGUUGUCAUUUUAUAUUUCUGAUAAAUUGUCCUUUCAUUCUUUAUUUAAAGAUUUAUUUAUAAAAAAUAACAAUUAAAAUUAAAAAAAUAAAGAUUUAUUUAUUUGAGAGACAGAGAGUGCAC